UGCUCGGUCUGAACGAGUCGAGACAACACUAGCUUAUAGAUCUUUAAAGCCACAGUGACCCUUUUCAAUCAAUCCAUCAGCCGGAGAUGCACAUGUUUUAAUGCAGUUUGAGGAUAUUUCUGCUCUUGACAGCAAGAAUCGGCCAGAUCGGCUCGACUCGCUGGUACGCGCGACAAGCCCACUGAAUCGCACUAGUUUAUAGAAACUUGGAGCGUUUGAAAGGCACAUCGACUGAAGACACCGACUGAACCUGUCUGGGAUUGCUUUUUGGACUCCUAACCUACAAUGUUCGAGACGGAAGGUAGAAGCAUGUCACGCUUGUCUCUGACCCGGUCUCCGGUUUCUCCACUGGCCGCGCAAGGCAUCCCCCUCCCGGCUCAGCUCACCAAAGCGAACGCCCCUGUCCACAUCGACGUGGGUGGACACAUGUACACGAGCAGCUUGGCUACCCUCACCAAAUACCCAGACUCGAGGAUCAGCCGUCUCUUUAACGGGACCGAGCCCAUAGUGCUGGACAGUCUGAAACAGCACUACUUCAUCGACAGGGACGGCGAGAUCUUCCGCUAUAUUCUGAGCUUCCUGAGAACCUGCAAACUUCUCCUGCCCGACGACUUUAAGGAGUUCCACCUCCUGUACGAGGAGGCGCGCUACUACCAGCUGAGCCCCAUGGUGAAGGAGCUGGAGCGCUGGAAGCAGGAGCGUGAGCAGCGGCGUGUGGCGCAGCCCUGCGACUGCCUGGUGGUGCGCGUCACGCCCGACCUGGGCGAGAGGAUUGCCCUGAGUGGAGAGAAGGUCCUCAUCGAGGAGAUCUUCCCCGAGACGGGCGACGUCAUGUGCAACUCUGUCAAUGCCGGCUGGAACCAGGACCCCACGCACGUCAUCCGCUUCCCCCUCAACGGCUACUGCCGACUCAACUCAGUGCAGGUACUGGAGCGGCUGUUUCAAAAGGGCUUCAGUGUGGCAGCGUCAUGUGGAGGCGGAGUCGACUCCUCCCAGUUCAGUGAAUAUGUGCUGUGUCGUGAGGAUAGGCGGAGCCAAUCCAUGAACACGCCCAUCAGGAUAAAACAGGAGCCCCUGGACUAGAGGUGCACGUGGACAACUGACGGGACGAGACUUCUCGGCCUGCCAUAGACUACCCUUACACCCUGAGACUUCACAUCCAUUACACAUCCUCACACACACACACACACACACACACACACACACACACACACACACACACAUAUGCCUACAGACUUGGAUAGGGAUACUUGUUAGCUUUGCUGGCCAAGUGCUGCAAAGCAGAAUGUAAUGUAGACAAACAAAAAAAGUCCUCACUUCCAAACUUCCAGUUUAACCCAAAGAACUGCAAAGAGUCAAGCAUACUGGGACAGAAGUAGCGUAGGACAGUGCUCCACUCCAACGCCGGUUCUCUUAACCUCCUCCCAAUGACAGCCACUCUGUCCAGCCAAUAAGAGUCCACGCACCGCAGGCCCCUCCUACUCUCUCAUUGCAGUACGGACUGGACUGGCAUCAAGCUCCUGCCCCCCGCCGCCAUGCUGGGUGUGUUUGUGCGCGCCUGAUGCUGACAAGUCCUAUUCAGGGAUGUCUGCUCUCUUGCUCGCUCGCGCUCUCUCUCUCUCUCCCCUCUGAAGGUCGACAAAGAGUCAACGGGGACCAAAUCCUCACCACAGCAGGGUGUUCGACCCCCGAGGCCGACGAACCCACUCAGCUGCCGGGUCAGGCGUCUGUACGUCCACCAGGCUGAAUGUCUCACAGUUCUACACGUUCUUUUAUGUCUUUUUCUUGCACUCUCUGUGUUUUUGUUGCGUUGUCUGGCACCACAAUGGAUGCCGUCAUUAACGCUAGGACUGGCUUGUUUGUUUUAGGGCUUGUUGCUAUCUGAAGGACGACUGGGAGUCGUGAGCUGAAGUCAUUAGUUUGGACAGAGUUGAAGUUUGGGGCAGGGCAGUUAACGCACUGUGGCAGGGCAGGCUGCGAAUACCCCCCCCCAUCCGCACCCCCACCCCCCUUCCUACGGAAAUAGGUAAUGGAGGGUCCGGUUCCCGCGCCGGUGGUGGUCAGAGUCCAGCUAAUGCUGUGUGCACGUAAUGCUCUGUGCCAGUUCCUGCUUUUAGGGAUGAAAAGUGUCUGUGGACAGGAUAACGUGGCAUACCUCGUCCCUCGCACCCCUUGAUCACACCUCACACCCGACGCCAAAUGUGUGGACGCAGCUCAAAAACCUUCAGGCAAAGCUGAUGUACCGGAAGCCGUUCAGGGCUGUGUGAAACGUCGCAGCACAUGUGCUCAACUGCACCACACAGACACCAUGCCCCAUGCCCUAUGACCCUAUGACCCUAUGCCCACCAUAACCCCAUGUCCCCAUGACACCUGGCAUCGUGAGGGUAAACACACCAAGCCCAAGGCUUUUUGGAUCAGAGUUGCAGGCGCCUCACUGUGAUGAGGUUGUAGGCCAUGACCACGUUUCUGCGUUAUCAUGACGAAUUAGAGCGAUUUUGCUCUCCUCAGGCAGCACGGGACAGUUGAAUUCCUUAUGGCAUCAUAUCAGACCAGAUGGAGAGGGAGAGAGAAAACAGCUCCUCCUUACAACACUGAGGAAAUGCCAUUAGAAGGGUUAGGGAGUUCUAACCAAGUCCAGAUCCAUGUGUUGUGUUUUGGUGUGAUGGAAUGCCCGUGGACGGGGCGUGUGUGUACUGUCUGGGAUAUCUUGCAGCAGAGGUGGACCCCCUGUAGGAAAGUCUAAUCAGACCUGGCUUUGUUCUAUCCAAGGGCUGGCUCAGUCUUCACACACUCACAGCCACAAAGGGCCAAGCACACCUUUCGUGUGUGCAUUUGUGUGUGUGUUAGCGCGCGCGCAGUGCCAGUGGAGAUGCAAGUUAUAUCCCUGCGUCCCCACCUAGAAGACCCCUGCAGUAGCAGACACACACACACACACACAUGCACACACAUGGACGCAGUGCCACACUGUCAGAACCACACAUCUUCAUGCUAAGCCUCAACUACCCAGGCUUGAGGCUGAUGAAAUGUGUCUAAAGGGUGUUGGCAGGGUAUGUCCUGCAAGAAUGUCCUGCAGCCUGGUUGUUCAUAAGCUCAUAGGCACCACAGUAUUAAAAGCAUUUUGACAUGAACAAUUAAUCCCAAGGAUACAGGCAGUAAUCUGAAACAGCAGGAGAAAUUUACAACCACGACGACACUCCGCAAAGACUUACGAAAACACACGGGGCUUAAAUACAGAGACUAAUGAUGACUAACCAGACACAGGUAAACAUACUGAUAGGCGGAGAUGCAAACAAGGGGCCAGAACAGAAUGAAACCAAAACAAGGAACGAGGAAACAAAACCAGGAAGUAAACAAAACAGGUAGUGUUGAACGUGACAGUAUCUCUGGUAUCUGGUGGCUGGUAUUAUGUACAGUUGUUUGUUAAUCAUGAGAUCGGGAGGCUGGGAUUUUUUUGUUCGUUUUCCCCCUCUUGGUACACGGGGCCUGCAAUGAUAAAAAGAGAUCCACGGUUUUCUGAUUAAAGGACAAAGAAUAAAAACUAAUUCAAUAUGUUGUGUACAUAUGGAUUAAAAAAAAAAAAAAAGAAAACAUUUUGAAAUGUAUACCAAGGUGAAAAUUGUUAUUAUUUAAUGUUUUAAUAAUUAGACUGUGGUGUUCGUUGACAUUGUCUUCCUGUUUUUUUUUUUAUUUCCUUGUAAAUUUACUAUAAUAAAAAGAUGUAAUGUUUAUUCAA